CUAAUGCUGGCCAUACAUGGUUCGAAUUCCGAAUGACUUUUCGUCCGAAAAUCGAAAACAUUGUUCGCUCGGUAAUCCGAUGGUGCCAUCAAAGAUUUCGAAAAUCGGCCAACCAAGUCAAAAAGUUCACCCCAUAUAACAGGCGAAACUUCUGUUCCUUCCAGGUCACGGCUCAUGUGCAUAUUCUUUUCAGAAAAAUGAUCGUACGAUUUGACCAUCACUGAGUCAAAAAUCGGUCAUUUUUUUACGAAUUUUCCAACAUGCCACGAUCACCAAAAAGGGGAGGAACCACAAAAAU